AUGCCCACAUAUCCUAUCCGGCGCAGGCCCCGCGAGUGCAAGACCUGCCUACCGUGUCGUGCGAGUAAGGUCCGUUGUGAUCGCAAUGUACCAUGCGGCAAUUGCGUCAAGCGCAACUUCAACUGCUCCUACGGCCGCCCGCCUCCCAAGGACCCAUAUCCACUACCUACACCGACAGCCACGACUGCGACGACAUCUCUGCCUAAAACCCCGCACUCCUCCUCUCUACCGGCAUACACUCCGACUUACCACCAAACGACAAAUAUCUCGGGUCACGAUGCUUCCUUUGGAACGGGGACAGGUACCGAUUCCACUCCCGAUCAGGAGCCAUUGUCGGAUACCGUGGUGAUCACACAGGGAGAAUGGGAUGAGAUUAACGCCAAAAUGCGCGCAAUGGAACAGAUCCUGGGCAGUUUGCACACAUUAUUCGAUACACGCGCACGGAGGAAACCCGAUAAUCAGGUCACGGACAUCUCUCCCGAAGCAGAAGGCUCUCCGCCGUCCGAAGGCAUCUAUGAGCCUGACGCGCUCCGGACGGGCUCCGUCCAUAUAGGGUCGAGGUCGGCACUAGUUGACAUUUUGAACAGGUCGAAAGUUGCCGAGGGCACUGCGCAGGCGCUGCCCAAGGAUGACCUUCUCGCAGAGCUGGCGAUGGGAAACGAGUCGGCCGCGUAUCCGUUCGUCGACCUAUGGUCGUCGGAUCCGUAUACAUUCAACAUCGCUGGCGUUUGUGGAGUAUUACCCCAUGAUGACCAAUGUCGACGGUAUGGGAAUUGGUUUCGAUGGUCGAUUGUUUUGCCUUACUAA